AUGACGGAGAAGGACCUGGGUGGCCUGAGUCCUCCCCAGAGGAACUGGAAGGGCAUCGCCAUCGCCCUGCUGGUGAUCCUGGUGGUCUGCUCUCUCAUCACCAUGUCCGUCAUCGUCCUCACGCCACCAGACAACUCAGGAGGCAGCAACUCUAAGCUGACUGUGGAGGAUCUGUUCAAACCAGAGUUCACCAUCAACGACCCCGAGGCCAAGUGGAUCAGCGAGGCUGAAGUCUUGUACAAGAACCAGGAGGGCAAUGUGGUCAAGUUCAACUUCGUGUCCAACCAGACAGAGGUCCUCUUGAAGAACAGCACUUUUGCUGCAUUCAAGGUGGCAAAGUAUUCAGUGUCUCCAGACAUGAAGUAUGUCCUGUUUGCGUACGAUGUCAAGCCGGUAUACACAUACUCCUACACUGCCAGCUAUAUCAUUUACAACAUCCUCACAAGGGAGGUGUGGGAGUUGAACCCUCCAGAGGUUCAUGACUCUGUGCUGCAGUUUGCUGACUGGGGAGUGAACGGCCAACAGCUGAUCUACAUUUUUGAGAAUAACAUCUAUUACCGCUCCGACGUGAGAAGCAAUUCCCUGCGGCUCACGUCUUCCGGGAGAGAGGGGUUCGUUUUCAACGGAAUUGCCGACUGGCUGUAUGAGGAAGAGGUCCUGAAGACGCACAAGGCCCACUGGUGGUCCCCCGAUGGAGAGAUGUUGGCUUUCCUGCUCAUCAACGACACCCUGGUGCCCAACAUGGCCCUGCCCCAGUUCACCGGAGCCGCCUACCCAAAGGGGAAGCAAUAUCCCUACCCUAAGGCUGGCCAGCACAACCCGUCUGUCAGGCUGUUCGUGGUGAAUCUCUACGGUCCCACGCACACGCAAGAGCUGGUCCCUCCCGACACGCUCAAACUCAGGGACUACUAUGUGGUGAUGGUGAAGUGGAUCAGUAAUACCCACACUGCAGUGCGGUGGCUCAACAGGGCUCAGAACAUCUCCAUCCUCACCGUGUGUGACGCCACCAUUGGAGCCUGCCUGAAGAAAUAUGAAGAAACCUCUGAGCUAUGGCUGUCCAAACAGGAACAUGAGCCUGUGUUCACAAGGGAUGGAGGCAAGUUCUUCCUCACAGUUCCCGUCAAACAGGGCGGUCAAGGAGAGUUCCAUCACAUCGCCAUGGUAACCAAGCCGCUGAGGAGUGAGUACAGCCAGGUGCAGCUGACGUCAGGGGACUGGGAGGUCACCAAGAUCCUGGCCUACGAUGAGAGUGACCAACUCCUGUACUUCCUGAGCACGGAGGGCUCUCCCCGCAGAAGACACCUGCACAGUGUCUCGACACUGGGCCUGUCUCCACCGCACUGUUUGACGUGUGGGCUGACUGAGGGGAGAUGCUCUUUCUACGACGCCGUCAUCAGUCCAGAUACACAGCAUGCCAUCCUCACCUGCCAAGGUCCUGAGGUGCCCUCUGUGAUGCUUCUGAAUCUAAACGACCCUAUGUACAUUGUGUUGGAAAACAACACCGGACUGUGGGAAUCGCUGCAGGGAAAGAAAGUCCAGGACUCAAUCUUCCGGAUCAUUCCAAAAGAGAAGUUUGAUCUUCCCUUGAAAAUUUCCUAUCCAGUUGACUUCAAGGAGUCCAAUCUCUACGGCCUUCUACUGGUUAUGGAGGAGACCCCUGGUGGCCAGGAGGUGAAUGACAGGUUCUCCCUGGACUGGAGUUCGGUGCUGGUGAGCUCCCAUGAGGUGAUCGUGGUGAGGGUGGACGGCCGGGGGUCAGGCUACCGUGGACAGAAGAUCCUGCAGGAGAUCCACCCCCAGCUCGGACACCUGGAGGUCCAGGACCAGAUCGCUGCACUGCAGUACAUGCUGAAGUUCCCCUACAUUGAUCACACACGGAUAGGGGUUUAUGGGAAGGGGUAUGGUGGUUACACAACGAUGAUGCUGCUGAAGUCUACCGAUAAGCCCAUCACUUGUGCAGUGGCACAGUCUCCCAUAGUCGACUGGAAGAACUACGCCUCCUUCUUUUCUGAACGUUACCUGGGAAUGCCAUCCAACAACGAGAACAGAUACCAGCUGUCCAGUGUGAUACCCAUUACCAAAGGCCUCCAGGACCAGAAACUCAUGAUUAUUCACGGCACUGCUGACGCUAAAGUGCACUUUCAGCAUUCAGCAGAGCUCAUUAAACACUUGAUACAAAUCGGAGCCAACUAUUCCAUGCAGAUCUACCCAGAUGAGGGUCACGAGCUGUCGGCGAAGAGUCAGCGGCAUCUGAGCGAGUCCCUGAUCGGCUUCUUCCAGGCAUGCCUGCACCCCUGCAUCGCCCCCAUGCCUGAGGAAGAGGAGGAAGACGAGUGA